AUGGUACUAAUGCUCCUUGGCAUUCUAUUUGUCGAAAUACUUUUUGGUUCUCAUGUGGCUGGGAAAUUUUCUGGAGGCCAUUGUUUUAAUCUGGAGCAAGAGCUGGAAUAUUGCGCGCAAAGGCAUAAGGUUCAAAUACCAAAAAACACAUUCGGUGGCUACAGUUUCGGCUACGGAUCACUGAAUGAAACAGACGCCAUGUGUAGAACAAAAUGGCAUAUUCUUAUCUUCAAAUGUUUACGAAGACGUUCAGAGGAAACGUGUCAAAACUCCGAAGAAGCAAUUACUCAUCAACUAAUUUGGUCUAUGUCACUAGAGACGGAGAAAUUUGAGCGAGCCGCUGCUUAUAUUUGCCACGAACAUAAUUUGCGAAUUUUCCACGAGCACCAGGACAAAUGCCUGUUGACACAGGAGAAAUUAGCAGAACAGUGUGCAGUGAACCAAAGCAAUACAGUAAGGGAGGUGGUCGUUGCGUUGCAAGACCAGUCCAGCAAAGUUACAUCAAAUUCCGAUGAGUACUUCAGGCUUAUCAAAAAUACUUUGUCUGAAUACGAAUGCAAGUAA